AUGAAUGUGGAACAUGAAAUUAGCCUCUUAGUCGAGGAGAUUCGGCGGUUGGGAACCAAAAAUGCUGAUGGACAAAUGAGCGUGAAAUUUGGUGUGCUCUUUGCUGAUGAGAAGUGUGCCAACCUCUUUGAAGCCCUGGUGGGAACUCUUAAGGCUGCAAAGCGGCGGAAGAUUGUCACUUAUCAGGGGGAGCUGCUUUUACAAGGUGUUCAUGAUGACGUUGAUAUCGUGCUGCUGCAGGACUGAUGCAGUGUUUCAGCUAUGCAUUGAUAGAAUUGUUUGAAACAGUGACUUGCAACAUCCUCUGAAUAAGGCUGGUCAUUUUAAGGUGUUCUGAUGUGUUUUCUAUGUCUUUAUAGUCAAAAGGAAACACUCCUAUUUUGGAAAACAUUCCCUUUUGUAAUUCUUCCUAAAAUGGUAC